AUGAAUAGAGGUGUUGUACAAAGCUCACCAGUUCAACAAAUGAUGGCUAGUAACCCUAAUUGGUGGAACAUCAAUAACAUGAGGCCUCCAUCUCCACAACCUCCUCCUUUCUUUUCUAAUCCUAAUUCUAACUUUCUUAUCCCUAAUUUUACACCAAAUUCUUCUUUUUCAUCUUCUAUUCCUUUUCCUUCUUGGCAUGAUAAUCAUCAAGACCUUCCUGAAUCUUGGAGCCAACUACUCAUGAGUGGAAUUGUUGGUGAGGAAGAUAAGAUUGGAAUGAGCCAAUUUCAAAAUCAAAUGCUAAUAACUCAAGCUCCAAAUUCUUCUCAUGUUGAUGUGAAACAAGAAAGCUCAGGAAAUAGCUAUGCAUAUGGACAUGUAAAUGAAGAACUUAAUUCAUGUGUCACAAGUUUCAACACCAACAAUAUGUUAGAUUUCUCUAACAAUAAUAAUAAUACAGAUUUGAGGCAUCUACCACCAGAUCUAUCUUCUGAGUGCAACAGCACUGCAUCUGGUGGGGCAAUGAAAAAAGCUAGGGUUCAACAAGCUACAACUCAAUCAACCUUCAAGGUUAGGAAGGAGAAGUUAGGUGACAGAAUUACUGUCCUUCAUCAGCUUGUUUCCCCAUUUGGAAAGACUGACACAGCCUCUGUCUUGUUAGAAGCUAUUGGUUAUAUCAGAUUCCUUCAGACACAAAUUGAGGCUCUUAGCUUACCAUACUUGAGCAAUGGAUCUGGAAACACAAGACAAUCACAUUCAGUUCAAGGAGAUAAGAAUUGUUUAUUUCCUGAAGAUCCUGGUCAGCUGCUACAUGAAAAUAGCUUGAAGAGAAAAGCAGCUGAAGAGGUUUCUCAAGAAGAAGCAAGGAAGGACCUACAAAGUAGAGGGCUGUGUCUUGUUCCAGUGUCAUGCACACUUCAAGUUGGGAGUGACAAUGGAGCUGAUUAUUGGGCACCUGCCCUAGGAGGAGCCUUUCGGUAG